UACUGGGGACCAUCAGCUCACUGGUCGAUUCCCCUAGACGCCAACCGGUUCCCCGAGAAAGUCGAUGCUGAGUAGUUUUUGACACUCUCGGUCAAUCCUAGUUAUCCUUGACUGUAGUCAGUAGUUAAGGUUAAUCUGCAGGUCACCAACAAUCAAUUGAAGCCGUGGGUUAUCAGUGUAUAACUAUGGCUUCAGCCGCUCUUCACUCCACUCGGUUCAUGAAACGAUUGCAAAAGCUCUCGAAAAAGUCGUACUCAGAUGCUGCCUUUCCGAAAAUUACGACUCAUUAUACGAUAGUUCCGAGGGAAACAGAUCCAAGAUGGAAAGAUGUGAAUAUGGAACGAGUAGUGGACGAGACAGACGUUCUCAUAAUUGGUGGAGGUCCAGCUGGAAUGUCUGCGGCUAUUCAGGCAAAAAAAUUAUCGGAAAAGCACGGCAAAGAAAUUCGAGUAACUCUAGUUGAAAAGGCCUCGGAGAUUGGUGGUCAUAUUCUGAGUGGUGCUUGCAUCGAUCCAAUUGCCCUUAACGAACUAAUUCCAAAUUGGGAGGAGCUGGGAGCACCUCUGAAGACCCCCGUAACCGAGGAUAAAUUUGCACUUCUCACCGAGAAAGGGAGAAUUCCUAUCCCAAUAUUCAAGGGAAUGCCGAUGUACAAUCAUGGAAACUACAUUGUGAGAUUGGGGCACGUUGUUACCUGGUUGGGUGAGCAGGCUGAAGCUGCUGGAGUGGAUAUCUACUCUGGUAUUGCAGCAUCAGAAAUUCUGUAUCACGAUGAUGGAUCGGUUAAGGGAAUUGCCACUAAUGACGUGGGUAUCGCCAAGGAUGGCUCGCCAAAAAGUACCUUUGAGAGGGGUAUGGAGCUGCACGCCAAGUGCACAAUAUUCGCUGAGGGUUGCCAUGGACACUUGACCAAACAAUUGACGAGAAAAUUGAAUCUCCGAACUGAUGCUGAACCUCAGAGCUACGGAAUUGGUCUCAAAGAGAUCUGGGAGAUUGAACCCGCUAAACACAGGCCAGGAGCGGUGGAGCACACGAUUGGAUGGCCCCUUGAUAAAAACACGUACGGGGGAUCCUUUUUGUAUCAUCUGAAUGAGGAAACCCCAUUAGUCGCUGUGGGUUUUGUCGUUGGUCUCGAUUACUGGAAUCCGUACAUGCAUCCCUUCAAAGAGUUCCAGAGGUUCAAGCAGCACCCGGCAAUCAGGCCGACCUUCGAGGGGGGAAAGAGGGUGGCGUAUGGUGCCAGAGCCCUCGUAGAAGGUGGUUUCCAAUGCCUUCCGAAGCUGCAAUUCCCUGGGGGAUGUUUGGUGGGGUGCACAGCUGGUUUUUUGAAUGUUCCGAAGAUCAAGGGAGUUCAUAAUGCCAUGAAAAGUGGAAUGUUGGCUGCUGAGAGUGCUAUUGAGGCUAUCAUCGAUGCUGAAGUGAAUUCUCCAGCGACUGCUGGACUCGAACCCAAGAGCUACACCGAUAAAAUUAAAAACAGCUGGAUAUGGAAGGAGUUGUACGCCGUAAGAAACUUCAGACCUAGUUUUCAUAGCAAGUUGGGAAUGUAUGGGGGUCUCAUGUAUUCUGGAUUCUCCAUGAUGCUGGGAGGGAGGGAACCCUGGACUCUGACUCAUGGAGGUGCUGAUCACACAAAAUUGAAGCCAGCCUCCCAGUGCCCCCCGAUAGACUACCCCAAACCCGACAACGUCGUAUCGUUUGAUCUUCUCUCCUCAGUUGCCCUAACUGGAACGAAUCACGAAGGUGAUCAACCCCCUCACCUCACCCUCAAGAACGACAGCAUCCCAGUAUCUGAAAAUUUGGCCAUUUACGAUGGCCCCGAGGGUAGAUUCUGUCCUGCUGGUGUUUACGAAUUCGUACCUUUGGAGGUGGGCGAUGGGCAGAGGUUACAGAUUAACGCCCAGAAUUGUAUCCACUGCAAGACGUGUGACAUCAAGGACCCCAGCCAGAACAUCAACUGGGUGGUGCCAGAGGGUGGUGGUGGCCCAGCCUACAAUGGCAUGUGAACCAAUCGAUCAAUGAUUCGAUUCCUCCAUCGCGUGAUCGAGAUGUCUUCCCCCACAAAAUCAUCAAAUUCGGUGCUCAUUAGUGAAGUGGUGAGAGGUUGAAAAAUUCAUUAAUCUCUGACAUUGUGAUAAAAUCGUUAUCAUCGCGAUUAUUAUUUUCACCGCUUAAACUGUUGAAAUUAUACCGCUAGCAAAUUUAUACGUAUUUUUAGAUAUUUUUUAUGUAAAUGGUUCUUUGAUAUUUCUAUUUAAGCUAACCCUAAUGAUUAGGGAUUUCUGCAAGCCAAUCAAUGCAAGACUGUAGUGAAAACACGAGUCAUACUCGUUGAGAGAAUUAUCCCACAUUAUUGAAGACUUAUGCAAGUGCCUUCACAUUUUCACCCAAAUGUAAAUACAUUCGUCGAAAAAAAAAUGAGAGAACUAAUUCGGUGAUUGAGAGAAAUGAAUUUAUAAUUUUUUUUAUAACCUGUUGAAUUUACAAUGAAUUGUUCAUUAAAUCUGUAAACUGAUAAUCUGAUAGUGUACGAGAGAAUAAAUAAUUUUCCGUUAUUUUUGGAGCAA